AUGGUGGCGCGAGACGAAACUGAGACACGGGCCGCCCGGAAGAGGGGCUGCGCUGGGCAGGAGGAUCUCGGUCACCGGCCAGUCAGAGCGCACGUGGCCGCCACAGCGGAGAGUCGCGCUGCAGCCGUCUGCAGUCCAAGGGAGCACUGCACACCGCCGCCGGGCACCGACUGCCCGGCCCGCCCACCGCCCUGGCACCACGCCAGGCGCGCCACGCACUUAUAUAUUUAUAAUCGCGGCCCGCUUCGUAAACUACCGCGCAUCAAAACCGAGCCGUCACGAAUCAAAUUAAUACUGUCGUAUAACCUA